AUGGAUAGAAUAAGAGAUUUGGCUUCAAAAAAGGCAGCAGUGAUUUUCACCAAAAGUUCAUGUUGCAUGUGUUACAGCAUAAAGCAACUAUUCUAUGAAUUAGGUGCAAGUCCUGCUGUACAUGAACUUGAUAAAGAAGCAAGAGGGAGAGAAAUGGAGUUGGCCUUGAGAGGCUUAGGCUGCAGCCCCACCGUGCCAGCGGUGUUCAUAGGCGGCGUAUAUGUUGGCUCCGCCACUGAUAUCAUCUCUCUCCAUGUUGAUGGAUCUCUAAAGCAAAUGCUCAUUAAUGCGAAGGCUAUAUGGUUCUAG